AUGGAUGUCGACGCUAUUAGGCUUGAGGGAGAUGAAGGCUCCAAUGACGAUGACGAGCCUGAGGAUGAAGGCAAUGACUCUGAUAUCGAGUCUAAUGAGCAUUCAGUUGAAGAAUCUGGAGAUGAUUGCGAUAACGAGUCUGACGAACAUUCAUUUCAUGAGUCAGUUGACGAGUUGGAUUAUGAGUCAGGUGACGAGUUGGAUGAUGAGUCAGGCGACGAGUUGGAUGAUGAGUCAGGUAAUGAGUUGGAUGAUGAGUCAGGUGACGGGUUGGAUGAUGAGUCAGGUGACGGGUUUGAUGAUGAUCCUCAGCGUGCUCCUGGCGAGUCCGAUGAGUCAGGUGACGGGUUGAAUGAUGGGUCAGGUGACGAGUUGGAUGAUGAGUCAGGUGACGAGUUGGAUGAUGAGUCAGGUGACGAGUCGGAUGAUGAGUCAGGUGACGAGUUGGAUGAUGAGUCAGGUGACGAGUUGGAUGAUGAGUCAGCGUGCUCCUGGCGAAUCAGAUGUCAUGGUAAAAUGAAGAGUCUGGUGAUCAUUCACAUGUCGAGUUUGGUGACGGGUUUUACAAUAAGUUCGGUAACCCAGGUCUACUCAAUGUUUACUUCUUUCUGUUCCAUUUAUGACAAUAAAUCAAUCAUUAAUAGUAAUUAUUGA